AGAUUUUAGUUAGUAGGUACUUGUUGAGAUUGACGGUAGUUUCGUCUUUAAUUUUUUUUUAGAUAAUGAAGCACAACGCAGCUAUUUUGUUUUUUGGUUUUAUAGCCGUUGCUAAAGGAUCAAACUUAAGCAAUGAUACCAAUCAUGUUCCACUACGUCCCGGUAUAAGUCCAUGUAUAACGGACUCCGAUUGCAGCGAUAUAAAGAAUGCAAAAUGCGUCAGCUUUGUUUGCGCAUGCGAUAACAACCAAACCUGUGCAGAGCCAAUAGUAGAGUCCAAGAUAGUUACAAAAUUGGAUGGGAUUUGCACCACAUCAGCAGACUGUAAUAUCGAGUAUUCAGAAUGUAAAGAAGGAAUGUGCAAAUGCAAAAGUGGGAAAAUCGGUAGUGAGGACCAAAGAAGAUGUCUAACAAUAUCUACGGGGUUAGGGAGCAGCUGCCAAGAAGCUGUACAAUGCUACACGAAAGUUCCACUUUCCCACUGCCAGGUUGAUAAGUGCACUUGCCAAGAAAACACCCAUGAUUACAACGGGAAGUGCUACAAAAAUGUCGAAUUAGAUGGUACAUGCGCACAUAUAGGCGAAUGCUCUGUUACUACGUUCGCCCGUUGCAUUGAGAACAAAUGUACAUGUGAAGAUGGUUAUAUACCAAAUAAUUCUUCCACCAAAUGCUUAGAAAUUGCUAAAAAGCCUAAUGACAUUUGCUACGAAGACAUACAAUGCAAGAAAAAUCUAGGCAGAGCAGUCUGCAAACAAGGAUUUUGCCAAUGUGAGGAGUUGUUCCAAUUUAAAAAGUCUAAAGGAAUAUGUGUUAGAGAUCUUCAAAUCGAUGAAUUGUGCGACGAUCAUAGCGACUGUCGUGGAAUAGAGGAAGGUGAGAGCAGAUUGGAGUGCAUUUUAGGAACAUGCAAAUGCAGAUCUACAUUUGUUGAGGAUCUGGGUUUCUGUAUUGGUAAUGGAGGAUUAUCUGUAUUUGGAAACCCUAUAUCACCAAUAUUUUAUACGGUUUCUCUUCUUUUAUAUGUACGUAUUUAAAUAUUUCUGUAAAACGUAUAUUUUACGUAAUAUCAACUAACAUGCUUAUACAGAGAAAAGGUAAUUUAAAAUUCUAUGUAUUCCUCCUUCAGAAUGUCCUUUUAUAGAUUCUACUUUAUAAUUUUAGAUAUAAGUACCUAGUAACAGUGCAUGUCUAUUUGUCUUAAAUUGAAAUUGUUUAAAUGAUGUUGAAGAUGGAGAUAAAAACAUAGGUAUUAAGUUAACUUGUAUAUUUGGUUUAACCAACAAUUUAUGAAAAACUUUUCAUCUCGAAUCCUUUGUCAUGGUUUCAAAAACUACACGAAUAUUAUUUAGACCUUAAGCGAUAAUGGAUUAUUAUUUUAUUUAUGUAUGAACAAAUUAUUUUUAUACUGUUGAAAAUAGAUUAAUAAGUUAUACUCUAUUUCAGAAAUGUAUAGAGUAAUAAACUGGGAAAUUCCAUUCUGUUUGCCUAAAUUUCGUGGUCGUUCAUAGGCGUAGGUACUUGUAAUAUUUAUUAAUUUAAUUUUCUUGGAUUAAAUGCCUCUAUUUUGAAACAGAUUAAAUAUUAAUUUAAUACUUUUAAUUUAAUAAGUUAUUAUUUUAAAUGUACAUGAUUGCAUAAAACAUGAUUACCCUAGUUUUACUGUGCAAGAAAUUGUUGAAACAUGUUCAUGAAUGACUGGAAUUAGAAAGUCCACCAUUUUCAAAUUGUUGCGGGAAACAAUAGUAGCCGAUCAAGUGGAAUCUCCCAAGCAAAAGCCGGGACGACCAACAAAAGUCUUUGAUGAAAACACUAAAUGUAUAAUUCAAAGAAAAGUUUACUGUUUUUAUUUUAAAAAGGAAAUACCCAUCCUAGACAAAAUUUUGAUGAAGCUUGGCCGAGAUGACAGUAUUCCGUUGAUAAAUAGAAAACUUUAUGGAAAACUUUAAAGAGUAUGGAUUUUGCCUGGAAAAAGCAUAAGCGCAAAGCACUUUUACUAGAGAGCGACGAAAUUGUUUGCUGGAGACGAAAAUACUUGAGAAGUAUCAAGCAGUACCGCAGGGAGCAAAAGAAAGUUUUUUUAUCUUGAUGAGACGUGGAUUAACGAAUAUUAUAUAGUUCAAAAAAUGUGGCAAAACAAAAAUAUUACUAGUGCUCGCCAAGCUUUCAUAGAAGGCCGGUCCACGGGUAUUAAAGUGCCUUCGGGAAAAGGAAAAAAUAACCACACACAUUGAAAGCGAAGAGGGAUUUUUAAAAGAAGUUCUGCUACCCUUUGAGUCGACUCGCACAGGUGAUUACCAUGAAAACAUGAAUUCGAACGUUUUCGAAGAGUAUUUUGGUGAAAUGAUGAAAUUUCUUCCUGCUAAUUCGGUGGUGGUUAUGGAGAACGCAAGCUAUCAUUCACGACGAAUAGAGAAGACGCCAAAUUUAUGUUAGAGAAAGCAAGAGAUUAUCGAUUGGCUGAUUACAAAAGGUAUUGCUAACUGUUUAAUCAAGAAUUGGCGAAAAGCAGUCCAGCAUGUAAUUAAGCAAGAGGACAAAAUGUGGGAUCUUGACAACAUGAUCUAUCAGACAGUCGACCGUUUAAUUAUAAUGUCAAGAUGUGAUGAUAGCUCGUCAGAUGACGAACACUUCUAUCUAUCAUAAUUUAAUUUAUAUCUAGGUAUAUAUUAUACCAUGUACAGGGUGUCCCAAAUUCGCCGGCUAACAUGGGGCAGGCAUUUGAUUAUGCAUGACGUUGCGCAACUUUUUACUAAUCUAACCAGCUCAACCAACAAUUCAACAAUGGGCAAAACUUAUAAAUUGAUACAAAACCGGGUGGCACUACCUGCACUCGACGAAAACAAUGAAUUUUACAUUGAAACUAAUACCUAACUAAAGUAGUGGCAUAAAAUAUUGGUGGGUCACUGGGUACCACUUUUGCAUACCUAAUGAGAUUUUAUUGCUCUAUACAUUUCUGCAAUAGAGUAUAAAUACUAGAAUAUAAUUAGACCUUAUUUUUAAUGUUAAAUUAUUGUUAACUAUUACCUCAUGUAUAGUACUUAUAUAAAAUAUAUUUAGGUUUAUUUAUCA